GUAACAUUCAUUCUUCUAUCCCCAUCUCUCUUUCUCUCUCUCUCUCUAGAAACUCUUCACCAUGUUUCCAGAGACCCAAUUUUCAGCUUCAUUUUCUUCUUCUUCUUCUCACCCAAAACCACCACCGAUUCCAAUUCUACCCAUCCCAACCUCACAACAGCUCUCAUGGCAGUUCUCAGAGAUGGCCAUGUUCAUACACUUUGGACCCAAUACCUUCACGGACUCUGAAUGGGGCACCGGCCGUGCUGAUUCCUCGGUGUUCAAUCCCACGGCUCUCAAUGCCAGCCAAUGGGUCAGAGUGGCCAAAGAAAAUGGGUUUUCCCGCAUAAUUCUUACUGCCAAACACCAUGAUGGGUUUUGCCUUUGGCCUUCUGAAUAUACUGAUUAUUCUGUGAAAUCUAGUCCUUGGAAGAAUGGCAACGGUGAUGUUGUAUUUGAAUUGGCUGAGGCUGCUAGGAAUGCUGGUGUCCAAUUGGGGCUCUAUCUUUCUCCUUGGGACCGCCAUGAGCCUACCUAUGGGAAGACUCUUGAGUACAAUGAGUAUUACAUGGGGCAAAUGACUGAGUUGCUCACAAGAUAUGGCAACAUAAAAGAGGUAUGGUUGGAUGGUGCAAAAGGAGAGGGAGAGAAGGAUAUGGAGUAUUUGUUUGAUAAUUGGUUUAGCCUCAUUCAUCAGCUCCAGCCUGAGGCAGUCAUUUUCUCUGAUGCUGGUCCAGACAUCAGGUGGGUUGGAAAUGAGAAUGGUGUGGCUGGGACUACUUGCUGGUCCUGUUUCAAUCGCAGUGCUGCUAAGAUUGGUGACACUGAUACCAAAUAUUCACAUGUUGGAGACCCUUAUGGACAUGACUGGGUACCUGCUGAGUGUGAUGUUUCCAUCAGACCUGGUUGGUUUUGGCAUGCCUCCCAAGUUCCCAAGUCUGCAAUGACUCUUCUUGACUUAUACUACAAAUCAGUUGGUCGAAACGGUCUCUUGCUACUCAAUGUACCCCCCAACUCUUCUGGUCUCAUAUCAGAUGAGGAUAUACAAGUCCUUAGAGAGUUUUCUGAGCUUCGGAACUCCAUAUUCUCCCAUAACCUAGCCAAGAAUGCUCUUCCUUCUGCCAGCAGUACACGAGGAGGCCUUUGUGAUUCUCAGUUUGGCUCCCACCGUGUCCUUGAAGAAGGUAUUCAUGCCUAUUGGGCUCCCAAUGGGAAUCAAUCAGAUUGGGCACUAUACUUGAACUUUCAGGAACCAGUAACUUUCAAUGUUUUGCAAGUUCAAGAGCCAAUUCACAUGGGACAGCGAGUUAUGGAAUUUCAUCUAGAUGUUAUGAAUGAGAAGGGGGAUUGGAAGAAAGUGAUAAAUGGCACGACAGUGGGAUAUCAGAGGCUGUUACUAUUCCCCAAUGUACAAUCCAGUCGCAUAAGGUUAGUCAUUGACAAAUCCCGAGCAGACCCACUGAUUUCUUACUUGGGAAUUUAUAUCGAUCCAUAUUCUAAUUUGGGCAACAUCUAUGGUACAAGCUCUAAAUCAUACUUCAAAAGCAGCCAAGUUCUUCGAUAAAUCAAAAACAACCAAUCUGAAAUUCUUUGAUUUGGUUACUAGAUAGAGCUUUAUUUGAGAAACCGCCAUCCUUUGGUUUCCAAUGCAGUGUGACUGUUUUGUGUGUAUGUAAAUAUUCCUUAACACUAAUUUUCUUGUAAUAUAAAUAUUUGAUACAUUUAGUUUGUUCGUGUCUUCUGUAAUAAUAGUUGAAGA